AUGGGUGGCCUAGGUGAUGAUGGCGUAACCACGCCUUCCUACGGGCAAUACCAGCUCCAGAUCUACGCGCAGGGCAUCUUCGGCGGCAUCAAGCCCUCGAUCACUACCGACCCCAACAAGCUGCGCGAGCAGGCCCAGAAGGCCAUGAAGCCCGAGGCCUUCAACUACAUCGCCGGCGGCGCGGGCGAGGGUGCCACCAUGGACGCGAACCGUCUCGCGUUCCGACAGUGGAAGAUCGUCCCGCGCAUGCUGAGACCGACGGUGCCUCGAGAUCUGAGGGUCGAGUUGUUUGGGGAGACGUAUGAAACACCAGUUCUCCAGGCACCGAUAGGCGUGCAGUCCGUCUACCAUGCAGACAGGGAGAUUGGUACCGCGAGCGCGUGUGCCGAGCUCCGCGUGCCCUUCAUCAUGUCGACGGCGUCGACGUCGACGUUCGACGAAAUCACCGAGGCGUCCGGUGAUAACCCGUGCUGGUUCCAGCUGUACUGGCCCAUGGACGACGAGAUCACUGGCUCCAUCCUCAAGACCGCGAGAGCGGCCGGGUUCAAGGUUCUGGUUGUGACGCUCGAUACGGCGACCAUGUCCUGGCGCCCUGCGGACCUGGACCUGACUUUCCUGCCGUUCAUCUCUGGUGUGGGCAAUACCGUGGGAUUUACGGACCCCGUGUUCAGGAAAAAGUUCGCCGAACAGGCAGACGGCGCGACCCCCGAAGACAAUGUGAUGGAGGCGUCGCGGUAUUGGAUUCGGGAGGCGUUUUCGGGCGACAGCCAUCCGUGGAAGGACUUGGAACUGUUAAAGAAGCACUGGGACGGACCGAUAGUGCUCAAGGGGAUCCAGGACUCGAGAGAUGCAGUACUGGCCUUGCAGGCGGGUAUGGAUGGCAUCAUCGUCAGCAACCACGGCGGAAGGCAGUGUGAUGGUGCGGUGGCGUCACUGGACAUGUUGACAGAGAUUGUGGAGGCCGUAGGAGACAAGAUGACUGUUCUGUUUGACUCGGGAAUACGGACAGGUGCGGAUAUCGUCAAGGCCUUGAGUUUGGGAGCCAAGGCUGUACUUGUUGGAAGGCCGGUAAUGUAUGGGCUGGGUUUAGGAGGCCAGGAAGGCGCACAACACGUGCUCGCGUCCAUCUUGGCAGACCUUGACCAAACACUUGGUCUUACUGGGGUCAAGAGCGUGUCGGAACUGAACAAGACAAACUUACGAAGGGUGUCAUAUCCCGGGGAUCUGAAGGCGAGCUUAUAA